AUGGGAUUUUACCGGUACCUGCUGGUCAUCGGGUCAGUAAUUACAACAUUGACGGUGGUUAACGCAUCAGAAAACAUCGCCCUUAGUAAAGCUUCAGAUCAGAGUUCCAUCUACGGUAGCUUCGGCAGCUCUAAAGCCGUAGACGGAUGUGUAAACACAAAGAGUCCAACUGCUGUACACACACGAAAAUAGGACAGACCGAGGCCUGGUGGCAGGUAUAUCUACUGGCACGGUCCGUUAUAGACAUCGUGAAUAUCAUUUAUAGAAAUGAGAACACAAUACAACGACUUGCCGGGUACGAGAUAUACCUGUCUAAUACACAAGAUUGGACAUUAGGAAACAGGUGUCACAAGGACGCCACUGCUGACAAGGCGUUCAUGUCUGCGAUUCAGAAUGCCCAAUGUCCAGGUGUCGCCCAGUAUCUGACCAUCUACAAUGACCGUCGAGAAAAAGCCAAAACGUGGUACUCGGAUGAUGCUACACUGGAACUGUGUGAGGUACAAGUUUAUGGUUGUCCAGUUGGGAAGUACGGAAAUGGAAAUUGCAAUAACGACUGCACUUACUGCCUCGGUAAGAUAUGUAACCCAACAUCGGGGACAUGUGACGAUUGCGCUGCCGGAUACUAUGAAGAUGUUGGGAAUUGCAGUCACUGCCCGGUUAAUUGUAAAGGAAAUGUAUGUGACAGUCCAACUGGAGCAUGUUCAGACUGUGAUUUUGGAUUUUAUGGUGGUUUCUGUAAUCAACCCUGCCCUCUUAACUGCAGAAAUAAUGUUUGCAACAUGGACAACGGUCAGUGCACAGACGGCUGCUCCACUGGCUUUUCAGGCGUAUACUGUAGAUGUCCAUUCAAUUGUAGGAGCACUGACUGCCCUACUGGCAAGUGUACAGACUGUAACGAUGGAUUCUACGGACUAGCCUGUACACCUUGUCCUGUUGGCUGUAGCAGUAACGCAUGUGACAAAACUACCAGCCAUUGUUUACAAUGUGAUAGUGGAUUUUACGGUAGUUUUUGCAAUCAGUCCUGUCCUGUACAUUGUAAAAACAACGUUUGUUACAUGGUCAACGGUCAAUGUACUGUAAUGAUGGAUUCUACGGACAAGCCUGUUCACCUUGUCCUGUUGGCUGUAGCACUGACACAUGCGACAAAACGGCAGGAAAUUGUUUCCGUUGGAUCCUAUGGCAAUUUCUGUAACCAGUCUUGUCCUGCAUACUGUAAAAACAACGUCUGUAACAUAGAGAACGGCCAGUGCACAGAAUGUGAAGCCGGCUUCUAUGGCAUUGAGUGUAACAAGUCUUGUCCUGAAAACUGUCAAGAUACCCUAUGUCACAGAAGUAGUGGAGAAUGCGAAGUAUGUGUAGCCGGUUUUUAUGGCAGCCAAUGUUCCGAGUUGUGUGGCAGUUGUCAAGGUGUGAGUUGCGACAAGGAUGUGGGGGACUGUGUGACAGGAUGUGAAGAUGGAUGGACUGGAGACACAUGUGACACAAAAGUGGUAAUUAUUACGAAUCGGGACACCUUACACGCCGCAGUUGGAAUAGGCGUCGGAUCAGGGGUGGUUAUACUGGCUCUGGUCGUCGUGAUCAUUGUACUGGCUAGACGUCUGACGAUGAAGCGAGGUGACACCGCAGGUGCUUCUCAUAUGACAGAUUUAUCAUUGUCCAGAACUACAAACGAGCUAAAUAAAGAUCAAGAUAAUACCUACGACGUAAUAACAACUCAAAACAAGGAACAAACCAUUGCGCAGAUCUCCCGCACUGAGGCAAAUUAUGAACAGCUUGGACGCAGGGAGGUGGAAAUUCCUCAUAUAUACAACACAACAGAUGUUGGCGAGAAAACAUAGGGCAAUGGUUCUUGUUAACUGGAUAGUUCCAUCCUUCAACACAACGUAACCGUG